ACACUGGUGAUAAAGCAGAGGAUGACUUCCGCUUCCAGUAGCAGCGCCAAGAAUCUGUUCAGCGAUUCCAAGCGCCGCCUGGCCGACCGGGUUGCCGUCAACGUUAACAAUGCCUCCUCGGUGGCCCGGCAAAUCGUUCGUGGUUCCAAGUCGAAUGAAAUCCUCAUGCAGGCGGCCAAGAACUUUGCCUAUCACGAGAGCACCGUAGACAACAGUAUUCAGAAUCUGAAAAAGAUGGAAAUCAUCUUCCAGCACUUGAACUACCAGUACGAGGCAAUCCAGCAGGCAGCGGAGAAGCUGGAAUACGUGGAAGAGCAGGUGAAUGCCAUGGAAAGAUGAUACGGCUCGGGGGGCGGUGCUGAAGGAUAUUACUGAUAAUCUCGAUUCGAUUCGACCAAUAAUGAUGAUGGCUGAUGAUUAUUUUGAUAAGCCU